UUGAAAGAAGUGUCAAAAAUAGGUGUCAUAGCUUUCUUAAUGAUUUGCAGUUUCGUACUGUGAAAGAGACUUGUUUAUUAAAUUGUAAUAUUUUUCUAAUUCAAUAAAAAUGGUACUAGAGAGUACUGUAAUUUGUGUCGACAAUAGUGAUUAUAUGCGAAAUGGUGAUUAUUUGCCUACCCGUCUUCAAGCCCAGCAAGAUGCUGUAAACCUAGUAUGCCAUUCAAAGACUAGAUCGAAUCCAGAAAAUAAUGUUGCUUUAUUAACUCUUGCAAAAGUAGAAGUAUUGGUUACGCUCACCAGCGAUGUGGGUCGUAUUCUAUCAAAACUUCACCAAGUUCAACCUGAUGGAGAUAUUAACUUGCACACAGGUAUAAGGAUUGCCCAUUUAGCAUUAAAACAUCGUCAGGGCAAAAAUCACAAAAUGAGAAUAGUUGCCUUUGUUGGAAGCCCUGUUGUUACAGAGGAAAAGGAACUUGUAAAACUAGCGAAGAAACUCAAAAAAGAAAAAGUAAAUGUUGAUAUAGUGAAUUUUGGAGAAGAAGCAAUCAAUACUGAAAUUUUGUCAUCCUUUAUAAAUACAUUGAAUGGAAGAGAUGGUAGUGGUAGUCACUUAGUGACUAUCCCUCCAGGUCCUCAUCUAUCGGAUGCUCUUAUCUCUUCUCCAAUCAUACAGGGUGAAGAUGGAACUGGAGGAGCAGGUCUAGGAGCUUCUGGUUUUGAAUUUGGUGUUGAUCCUAAUGAAGAUCCUGAAUUAGCUUUAGCCCUCAGAGUUUCUAUGGAAGAACAAAGACAAAGACAAGAGGAGGAAGCUAGAAGAGCAAGGGAGGCAUCUUCUUCAGAAUCAGAAGCCAAGGUUCCAGAAAUCAAAGAAGAACACAGUGAUGAAGCCAUGUUGGAAAGAGCUUUAGCAAUGUCGAUGGAACAGAGUGAACCUGAAGGGAAAGUACCAUCAGAAGUAGAUUUUGCUAACAUGACUGAAGACGAACAGAUUGCUUUUGCUAUGCAAAUGUCUAUGCAGGAUACUCAAGAAUCAUCAACUUCUGCGUUAAAAAAGGAAGAGCCUAUGGAAGUUGAGACAGAUGAAGAUUAUACAGAAGUAAUGAAUGAUCCUGCGUUUUUACAGAGUGUUCUAGAAAAUUUACCUGGAGUAGAUCCUCAAUCAGAGGCUGUUCGCCAAGCUGUUGGUAAUUUGAAAGAUAAGAAGAAAGAUGAAAAGGAUGACAAAACAAAGAAGUAAUUUUUUUUUUAAUUUAUAAUUGGAUUUGCUUUGAAGUAAUGUUCACAUAAGAUUUCAUAUAAAUAAAAAAAUAUAAAGUCUA